AUGAGUCAAGGAGAAGUUCAAGAACAAUAUCAUCAGAAUUCUACUAAUGGAGAGAUUGAUGAUGAUGAUGAUGGAUUCAGUGGACCUUUAUUGAUUGAACGAUUAGAAGGAAAUGGUAUCUCGUCUAGUGAUAUUAAAAAGUUAAAAUCAGCUGGAUUCCAUACUAUUGAAAGUAUUGCUUAUACUCCCAAGAGAAAUUUAACUCAAGUUAAAGGUAUAAGUGAAGCUAAAGCUGAAAAAAUAUCAGAUGAAGCUGCUAAAUUAGUUCCAUUAGGAUUUACUACUGCUAGUGAAUUCCAUGCUAGAAGAUCAGAAUUAAUUUGUCUUACUACUGGAUCCAAACAAUUAGAUACUUUAUUAGGAGGUGGAAUUGAAACUGGGUCAAUUACUGAAGUAUUUGGAGAAUUUAGAACUGGUAAAUCUCAAUUAUGUCAUACAUUAGCGGUAACAUGUCAAUUACCAAUUGAUAUGGGUGGUGGUGAAGGUAAAUGUCUUUAUAUUGAUACAGAAGGUACUUUCAGACCUAAUAGAUUAGUAUCGAUUGCAGGUAGAUUUGGGUUAGUACCAGGUGAUUGUUUAGAUAAUGUGGCAUAUGCCAGAGCUUAUAAUGCAGAACAUCAAUUACAAUUAUUAAGUCUUGCUGCUCAAAUGAUGUCAGAAUCAAGAUUUUCCUUAUUAAUUGUUGAUUCUAUAAUGUCUCUUUAUAGAACUGAUUAUUCUGGUAGAGGUGAAUUAAGUGCAAGACAAACUCAUGUGGCUAAAUUCAUGAGAACUUUACAAAGAUUAGCUGAUGAAUUUGGUAUUGCAGUUGUUAUCACCAAUCAAGUUGUAGCUCAAGUUGAUGGUAUGUCAUCUAUGUAUAAUCCUGAUCCAAAGAAACCAAUUGGAGGUAAUAUUAUUGCUCAUAGUUCAACUACAAGAUUAUCAUUUAAAAAAGGUAGAGCUGAAACUAGAAUUUGUAAGAUUUAUGAUAGUCCAUGUUUACCUGAAAGUGAAUGUGUAUUUGCUAUUUAUGAAGAUGGGAUUGGAGAUCCAAGACUUGAAGAUGAUAAUGAUAAAUGA